CGUUCUCCACGCGUACUGACAGUUGCGUCUGUUGUGUAGACUGCGGCCCAGUGAUUCCCGGCUCCGGUAUCUGCACUAUGGCGCCUCGGCUGCAGCUGGAGAAGGCGGCCUGGCGCUGGACCGAGAACGUCCGCCCGGAGGAGGUCACCCUGGAGCACAUCGAGAUGGUUUACCGCGUCCGCCUGGAGCCCUGCGUCCGGGGACUGUGCCGGCGGAACUGUAAAGGAAACCCGAACUGUUUGGUUGGUGUUGGGGAACACAUCUGGCUGGGUGAGAUCGAUGAAAACAGCUUCCACAAUAUUGACGAUCCGAACUGCGAGCGACGGAAGAAGAACACCUUUGUUGGGCUGACGAAUCUGGGAGCCACGUGCUACGUGAACACGUUUGUUCAGGUCUGGUUUCUGAACAUGGAGCUUCGAAGAGCCCUCUACUUAUACGAGAACGCCUUGAGUGUGGAGAAGGCUGAGGAGUGCAUCCAAGAGGACAAAGAGUACGAGCCGCAGAGCAGCUGUGAACACCUGCAGUACCUGUUUGCUUUGCUGCAGAACAGCAACAGACGGUACAUUGACCCUUCGGGGUUCAUCCGAGCACUAGGGCUGGACACAGGGCAGCAGCAGGACGCCCAAGAAUUCUCCAAGCUGUUCAUGUCUCUGCUGGAAGAGAAGUUAUCCAGUCAGAAAGAUCCGUAUGUGCGGGACAUCAUCCAGAACCAGUUCUGUGGGCAGUAUGCCUACGUCACCAUUUGCAGCCAAUGCGGCCGGGAGUCUAAGUUGAUCUCAAAGUUUUAUGAGCUGGAGCUGAACAUCCAGGGCCACAAGCAGCUGACGGACUGUGUCACCGAGUUCUUAAAGGAGGAGAAGCUGGAAGGAGACAAUCGAUAUUUCUGUGAGAACUGUCAGAGUAAACAGAACGCCACCAGGAAGAUCCGCCUGCUAAAGCUGCCACCCACGCUCAACCUGCAGCUCAUGCGAUUCGUCUUCGACAGACAAACUGGCCAUAAGAAAAAGCUAAACACGUACAUUGGCUUUGGUGAAACCCUGGAUAUGGAUCCUUUCCUGGACCAGACAGAAAGUAAAUAUGUGUACGAGCUGAGUGCUGUCCUCAUCCACAGAGGGGUGAGCGCUUACUCCGGACAUUACAUUGCCCACGUGAAGGACCCUCAGACCUCAGAGUGGUACAAGUUUAAUGAUGAAGAGAUAGAGAAGAUGGAAGGAAAGAAGCUGCAGCUGGGAAUUGAGGAAGAACUAGCAGAGCCAUCUAAAUCCGCAACACGUAAACCCAAAUGUGCGAAGGGCAUCCACUGCUCACGAAACGCCUACAUGUUGGUGUAUAGGCUGAAGACAGAGGCGCCUCAGGAGGUGGACUUUGAGGUUCCAGUUUUCCUCCAGAAAUUGGUGGAGCUGGAUAACUGCAAGUUUGAGGAAUGGUGUGUGGAAAUGGCGGAGAUGCGGAAGGAGAGUGUGGAUAAAGGAAAAGCCAAGCACGAAGAGGUGAAGGAGCUGUACCAGAGGUUACCUGCAGGAGCUGAUAACCUGUAUGAGUUUAUUCCUCUCGAGUGGCUUCAGAAAUGGCUGGAUGAAUCAACACCGGCCAAACCCAUAGACAAUUCCAAAUACCUGUGUAGUCACAACAGGCUGCAUCCAGACAAGACCUCUUUAAUGAAAAGAAUCUCCGAGUACUCGGCUGACAUCUUCUAUCAGAGAUAUGGCGGCGGGCCACGUCUAAAAGCUGAAUCUCUUUGUAAAGACUGUGUGGUGGAAAGGUGCCGGGUCUUACGGCUGAAGAACCAGCUGAAUGAAGACCACAAGACCAUAGCAAACAUGGUGAAGGUUACAGUGACCAGUGGAGAGGGCUUCUGGGUCGGGAAGGCGUCAUUACGGCGAUGGCGGCAGCUGGCUACAGAACAGCUAGGCCAUCAUCAAGAGGAUGAGUAUGAGCAGGGAGACAUUAGGAUCAAUGGCAGCACCCCUAAAAAAGAAGAGCUGCUGGAGGAAGAAGAGAAAAAAGACGACACAGAGACCGCCUUCAAUGAAGACAUAAUAUGCCAGCAUGGCUACCUGAGCACAUCAGAGAGCGAGAGGAGACUGAUAUCGGUCGCCGCCUGGGUCAAGCUGAAGGAGUAUUUUCCUACCACCCCGGAGUUCAGACAUGACCAGGAGCCGUGUUGUCAGUGCCAGAUUUUGGAAAGGGAAGGAGAAAGAAACGACGCUCUACAUAAGAAAAUGGCCAAUGAGCAGAAGCUGGCCCUGUCCAAUCUCUUCCAGGACAAGAACCGGCCGUGUGGGGGCAGCUGGCCACAGGAGACGCCGGAGUUGUAUAUUGUGUCGCAGUUCUUUGUGGAGGAGUGGAGGAAGUUUAUAAGGAGGCCAACCAAGUGCGGCCCAGUACAGUCACUGGGGAACAGCCUUCUCCUCUGUCCACAUGGGGGACUCAUGUUCUCCUUCUCCACCAUGACCAAGGAAGACUCUAAGCUUAUAGCUCUUCUCUGGCCUUCUGAAUGGGACGUUAUUCAGAAACUCUUCAUUGUCGAUCACACGAUAAAAAUCACCAGACGGACAGUGACGGCCGAGGAUAACAAUGUGACCGCGCUAUAUGUGUCUGAACCCGAGCUGUGUCCAGAGUGCCGAGAAGGAUUGUUAUGUCAGCAGGAAAGAGACUUAAGAGAAUACACCCAGGCCACCAUCUACGUCCACAAAGUGGUUGAUAAUAAGAAGGUCAUGAAGGAAGCCGCGCCAGAGCUAAACGUCAGCAGCUCAGACCCCGAAGAUGAGAAGGAAGAGCCCCGGCCCGAUGGAGAGAACGACCCAGACUUCAGUCAGGCUAAUGGAGCAGCAAAGAGGCAAAAGGUUUCCAUUCAGGGCCAAAUUUCCAUCCCAGGCCAGGUUUCCUAUCAGAAGCAGCAGGGGAUCCGGAGAAGUACACGGCACAGAAAAGUGCGGGGGGAGAAGGCUUUACUGGUCUCCGCUAACCAGACAUUAAAGGACCUGAAGAUCCAGAUCAUGCACGCCUUCUCUGUCGCCCCAUUUGAUCAGAACCUAUCUCUGGAUGGGAAGGUUUUGAAUGAUGACUGUGCCACGCUGGGAUCUCUGGGAAUUGUCCCAGAAUCCGUCAUUUUACUAAAGGCAGAUGAGCCCAUUGCAGACUAUGCAGCCAUGGAUGAUGUGAUGCAAGUGUGUAUGCCAGAGGAAGGAUUUAAAGGAACAGGUCUGCUGGGACACUAGUUUUGAGCCUCCUCUGAAUGGCGUCUUACGUGCGCAGUAGGAAGCGGAUUGUGACUCUUCCAGGAGGUGUGCGGCGCCUCCACCUCCGAGCAUUGCCUUACAUUGAACAUAGCAGAUUGCACUGAAGGACUGCAGCGGUAGAAGGACAAACUCUCUACUUUUUAUAUGUAAAUACAGAUGAUGCCGUAUAUCUAUAAUAUAAUAUAACUUGUUUACACUGGGAUUCCUCCACGUGACGUCUCCCAGCAGCGGCUUCUGUCUUGUGGAUAUAAUCAAUGAUCGUGGGUUUCCUUUCUGGCCUGCUCGUCACAUAAUAAUAAAAAGAAAGAAAAAAAAAAGCCGACUGUUCUCAUAAUGAUCCGCGGCUUCCGUGUCCUAAUAUGGAGACAGAAGGAAUUUAUUUAGCAAUUAACUUAGUU